CGUGCACGUACAGCUGUACUAACGUGAUGUCAGAACGCCGUUGAGCUCAAAAAUGUUAGCCUGUGUUGUUAAGUCGGAAAGCUACGGGGGAUUUGCCCGACGAAAAUAACACCGUUUCAUCGUCUAGAAACAGAUGCACACAUCACAUAAUACUGCAGUGUGUUUUUUUACGUUUUUAUAUCCGCUUUGAGCGAGCGUCUUGGGUUUAUCCCGAGAGAAAGUUCGUCGGUUAUUUUGUGGGAGUGAUGUCGAAUCCUGGCACUCGAAGGAACGGGUCAAGCAUCAAAAUUCGACUGACAGUAUUAUGUGCCAAGAACCUGGCAAAGAAAGACUUCUUCCGGUUGCCUGAUCCUUUUGCAAAAGUGGUGGUGGACGGCUCGGGUCAAUGCCACUCUACAGACACGGUCAAAAGCACGUUGGACCCCAAGUGGAAUCAGCAUUAUGACCUGUAUAUUGGGAAAACAGAUUCCAUCACCAUUAGCGUAUGGAACCAUAAGAAGAUCCAUAAGAAACAAGGGGCGGGAUUCUUAGGCUGUGUGCGGCUCCUCUCCAAUGCCAUCAGCAGACUUAAAGACACAGGCUACCAACGUUUAGACUUAUGCAAGUUAAACGCAUCUGACAGUGAUACGGUUCGCGGACAAAUCGUUGUGAGUCUGCAGACCAGAGACAGAAUUGGUAGUGGAGGGCCUGUGGUUGACUGUAGAGGACUGGUUGAGAAUGAAGGGCCCGUCUUUGAGGAUUCGGGCCCCGGACGGCCUCUCAGCUGUUUCAUGGAGGAGCCCAUGCCCUACACGGAUCCCACAGGAGCCGCUGGUGGGGGAAACUGCCGAGCACUCGAGUCACCCAAUCAGGAAAGACUCCAAGCACAACGGAUCAGAGGCCAGGAUUCACGAGGGCAUGCGCACACACCCCAGAAUCGACCACAUGGGCACCAGUCCCCCGACCUUCCUGAGGGCUACGAACAAAGGACCACCGUGCAGGGCCAAGUCUAUUUCUUGCACACACAGACCGGCGUGAGCACCUGGCACGAUCCCAGAAUACCACGGGAUUUAAACAGCGUGAGCUGCGAGGAGCUGGGCCCUCUGCCGCCUGGCUGGGAAAUAAGGAGCACUGUUUCAGGAAGAAUAUAUUUUGUCGACCACAAUAAUAGAACCACGCAAUUCACCGACCCAAGAUUGCAUCACAUCAUGAGCCAGCACACUCAGGUGAAGGAGUCAAGCCAAGCUCUACCGGUACAGAUGGAGGUUGGGAUGGAGGAGGGUGAUGGCGAGUUACCGGUGCGCUACGAGAGAGAUCUGGUCCAGAAGCUCAAAGUUCUUCGACAUGAGCUUUCCCUGCAGCAACCGCAGGCCGGACACUGCCGCAUAGAAGUGUCCCGCGAGGAGAUCUUUGAGGAGUCUUAUAGACAAAUCAUGAAGAUGAGACCCAAAGACCUGAAGAAACGUCUGAUGGUGAAGUUUCGAGGAGAGGAGGGGCUGGAUUAUGGUGGAGUUGCCAGGGAGUGGCUUUAUCUCCUCUGCCACGAGAUGUUGAAUCCAUACUACGGCCUGUUUCAGUACUCUACUGAUAACAUCUACACACUACAGAUCAACCCAGACUCAUCCAUUAAUCCUGAUCAUUUGUCUUACUUCCACUUUGUCGGGCGAAUUAUGGGUCUGGCUGUUUUCCACGGGCACUAUAUCAACGGAGGCUUCACAUUGCCCUUCUACAAACAACUUCUCGGGAAGCCCAUCCAGCUUUGCGACCUUGAAACUGUGGAUCCAGAGCUGCACAAGAGCCUCGUGUGGAUUCUGGAGAAUGACAUCACAUCCGUCCUAGACCACACAUUCUGUGUAGAACACAAUGCUUUCGGCAAGUUCCUCCAGCAUGAGCUUAAACCAAACGGCAAGAAUAUCUCAGUCACAGAGGAGAACAAGAAAGAAUACGUAAGGCUGUAUGUCAACUGGAGGUUCAUGCGAGGUAUCGAGGCACAGUUCCUCGCCCUGCAGAAGGGCUUCAACGAACUCAUCCCACAGCAUCUGCUCAAGCCUUUUGACAACAAGGAACUUGAGCUCAUCAUCGGUGGUUUGGGGAAGAUCGAUCUGAACGACUGGAAGGCCAACACGCGGCUGAAACACUGUGUGGCCGACAGUAACAUUGUGAAGUGGUUCUGGCAGGCAGUUGAAUCUUUUGAUGAGGAGAGAAGAGGCAGACUGCUGCAGUUCGUCACCGGAUCCACACGUGUCCCGCUACAAGGAUUCAAAGCGCUGCAAGGUUCUACAGGUUCUGCAGGACCAAGACUCUUCACUAUUCACUUAAUCGAUGCCAACACUGAUAACCUGCCCAAAGCCCACACGUGCUUCAACCGGAUUGACAUCCCGCCUUACGAGUCAUAUGAGAAGCUCUAUGAGAAGCUCCUGACCGCCGUGGAGGAAACAUGUGGCUUCGCAGUGGAGUGAGCGAGCGAGCGUCCUGUCCGGCCAGCCAGCAACGGCAGCAAACCCACCAAAUAGCCCCAGCCGUCCUUCUCACCCCCCUCCCUCUUAUCCAGGACAGACAGACUUUUGCAUCACCAGCCAGUCUGAAACCCUGGACUGCAACGGAGGGGAGCAGGAGCUCUCAAAGACUUAAAGAUUCCUCACAGCGCGCUCGGGAAUUGUUUUUGCAUUACCGUAAUAAGUUACAGAGAAAUCUGAUCAACUUUUUUCGUUCCUACUUUGUGUCGUCUUUGUCACUGAAGCGGUGGGUUGGUAGUUAGAGUCCGACUGUAAUACAACUAAGCUCGUUCUGCUUCACGGAGCUUCACUGAGCCUACGGUCUAAAGGAAAUCGAGAUUUAGUCUAGGUGCAAACAAACAGAACUGUGAUAAACCAGUUUACCUAAUGCAAAAGUGUCUUGAAGGAAAUGGAGAUGGGUGGUGUUUUGUCAUCCUCGGUAUGUACGCAACAUCUCCGCUUAUUUUUGUAACAUUCGUUUUUGUCCUCUUCAGUCCUAUAGGAGAUCAGCGGUGUCCAUUUUCUGUACUCAUCACCGAAAUUUGUACUCGACUGCUUGACGCGUAUUGUAUUCGUUUUUCUACGAUCAAGAACAUGCCGGCUCAAUGGCAAGACAUUUUCGGGAGCUGUGAAGCACAAAGAUCAUGUGCAGUCUAGAUGUUGAAAUAUUUUCUGCAGUUUCCAGAGUAAGCCAGUAUUUUCACAUCUUUGCUUCAUUUUAUUCAGCGGAGAGAACUAGUUUUUAAUGUUCAUGUUAAACGAAUAGGGUUUUAAUAUGCAGAUUUGUUACCUUCUUUAACGACAUUCUGUUUCAUUGUAUCAUCCACCAUGACAGACGAGACCUAAACCGGACUGCUUUCAAUUUUUGAACCAAUGGGACGAAUGCACAGAACAGAUUGUGAAUGUUAUAAAGAAGCUCUUUUGUCCUUAAUUUUCAUGGGACCCCAUUAACCAUACUUUGUUUUCUUAUAAUAACAUUGCAUUAACUUUUUUACCUUUUUCUUUUUUUAACGUGAGACUGUUAUUUACACGUCUGUCAUUGAAACCACUGCUUCAUGUAACAUAAUCUAGCACUUUCGCUGGCACAUGUACAAUCACCUCUCAUUUUACAGUUUGAUGUAGCAUUUGUUUCCCUAUAGACAAGUGCUGACGCUCCUCUCAUAUCAUAAUUGGACUCUGAAGGUGCAUAAGGGUUUAUCCAGGUAUUGGUGUUUUGUCAAAAAAGCAUCUCGGAUUUCAUAACGCAGUGCUCGAUGUGCAUGACACCAGAUUAUUCUUUCAAAAUGUUAAGAUUGAGCCAACCUCGUAGUGUUUCUUCAACCACUUUUAAAUUUUUUCGCUCUUUUUUUUUUUUUAACAAUUAUUUAUUACCAUGUAAUGUCUUUUUAAGUAUUGCUGCUAUUACCAUUAUUUCCUAGUUUUCAAAGAAGGCUGAGUUCUUGUGAAAGCUGUACACUAAUCUCCUUUAUUUUAUGUAUGAAUCAAAGUAUUUAAACCUGCUGCUAAUUCUUAAGGGAGUCUUGGGGUCUUGGAGACCUGACCCUGGACCUGAAUGGAGUUAGCAAGUGAUGUAGGGUGGGCCCCGGUGGUCAUGUUCAUAUUUGUGAUAUAUGCAAUAAAAGUCCUCACAUUCA